GGUUCAGUCGCUCGCGAGCGCAGCCACGGAGCGGUCGUGUCUCCGGCUGUCGCCAGUUCUAAAUCCAAAUUCAGUGUUUGUGGGAUCAUGUGCUGUGUUUGAAGAUGACCGGUGCUUGCUGUACACACAAAUGGUAUGCAUCUGGGAGUAGCUGAGGAUGCAUUUGAGACUGCUCGAAAGGAGCGGCAUGAAGGGCCAGCCGGUUUGGUAAGGGCUCAAUCAACAAAAGAAAAGAUGAAGACAUGUUUUGAGACCACUUCACCGCCCGGCGAGCCGUUGGUGCGCGCGCCGGCGGCGGGAAAACCGCGAUGUCCGCCAGCUAUCUCGCGCCUGCGCGUUGAAAAGGUGGAAGGCGGCCUGGCGGUUGCCGGCGUCGUUGUUGCCGCCAACUGUCAGAUUGUACUGCCCAUAUUCGGCUUCUUGUUCAUGCUAGUCGGCUGUGUUCUCACUGCGGCUUCAUAUCGCGGUUGCGGCGAGAACGAGGAGCCGGAUCAUUAUGCGGCGCGGAUCGCGUUCACCGGCAACUCGAGAGUGCUUGGCCCGGUUUGCAUCGUCGCUGGCGCCCUUAUGACUAUCGCUGGCGUCGUCUUAUGCAUAUUAAUGAGGGCCGCUCAGCGCCGGCAACGUCGAUUAGCUUUCCACUGUCCAAUUCACGGAGACUUCUAUCCUCUUAGUCCUCAGAAUAGCAGAAAGUAUUCACGUAGUCCAAGCGGCCUUUGGCGCUGGUUGCGCAGCUGGUUGGGCAUGGUAGAGGAAGGUGAGACCCCGCGGUGUCCACGCUCAGCGGAACCCGCCUCACCGGCGCGUGCCGAUGCACCGUGUCCCCCUCCCUUACCCUUCCUCGUGCCGUCUGACUCUGUCGUGGGUAUGGCGUCGGUGUUAGGAGCUCCUCUCAGCCCAGAACAAACGUUUGGGUCCAUCAAGUCGCUAGCUAUAUCGAGGGAAGUCGCCAGCUUUCCUCUUUCACGAUCGCCGACUCCUCCACCUUUGAGCUGUCCUCCAUUCAAAGAAGAUUCAAGAAUUCCCGAUGACAACAUACCGAACGCAAUAACAUCGCCUGGAGACUUUGACUGCGGCUCACCAACAUGCAACUAUCGAGUAGUCGAGUGUAAACUCACCACCACAGACGAAAUACGCCGAAGUGCCCCCGCCACGAUAGGCAUACAUAAGAUCUCAGAAAACAGGCAUACCAGACCUGCCACAGUUUCUAUAACUAUACCUGACGAAGGCAAGGGCUAAAAUUACUAGAUAUAGAGUCAUUAGAUAAUUUUACAUAAUUAAAAAAAUAUAUUAUGGUCAAAGAGGAAGGAAUUAAGAGAAUGUGUUGGAUUUAUAUUUGGCAACAGAUUGGUAGAAAAUGAACUGUUUUAUUUUUAAGUGUGAAUAAAAUUACAACCUUAUUGUAAAUACAUCGUAAACGAGAUUUUCAUCCCGCUGUAAAUCCACAAUAAAUGCUUGUUCAAAUUUGAUCUCUGCUCAAUAAUCACUUUCGUCUUCCGCUACCUAUCGCUCAUAUUAGUAGACACUCCUUCAUUUGGAAAUAGUUAUAAAGGAUACAUCAAUAAUGUUCUUUAUUUAUUAACACUUCUUCGUCUUUUUGCUAAUUACCAAGUUUGCAAUUUCUAUAGGUACUCAACCCCAUUGUACAAUCACAGAAUCACUAAUGAACUUAAAUAAUUGUUCAUUAAUGUAUGUUUAAUGUAGAUAAGAAAAUGUAAUCCUAUAUACUUACUUAAUAUUAAUAACAAUGUAACUUUUUGUCACUAUUAGCAAUAUUUUGCGCCAAAUAUGUAAUUGUGUGUUUGAUUGCAACUUUGUGUUAGAGCAAGGAGAAGAGAAAUGUGGCAAUUAAAAUGUAUUUAUCUUCCUUCAGUCCUUCUCUGUUAAGCAAUUAUUGAUCAUAAGUAUGAGACAGUGUUGUAAUGCUCACUAUGGUGGCAUUCUAGUCGUAUCGCUCGAUAUCAUUUAUUUAAUGUAUUGUAGGGGAAAGUAAACGAAUAAACACUACGUUGUUGGCUCAGUAGGAUAACCCUUUACUUCUACAUGAUAUAGAAAUUUGUCCAUUGCGUUCAUUUAAAUUUAGCGUAAGUUUAUUAUUAUAAGAGUACAUGAAUCCUGUACCCUAGUUUUUAUAGUUCCGAAAUGUGAUAUUUUUCAUUUAUUUUACACAAUAUCAUGUACGUUGUACAAACAGUUUGAAUACGUUUAUUUCAUUUAUAUUCGUUAUUGGAUCAUUAUCAUUAUUUUGAUUAAUGAGCCAAAUAAGAUGCCAAAAUGUACAUUUCAUCGCGUCCAUGAUUGAGUAUGUGUAUGGUUGCUUUGUUUAUGGAUACAUUGAAUCAAUAAUUGUGCUCACAAAAGACAAUUUAGUAGGAGGCAAGAAUGUAGAUAAUAUAACUAUUAUAAUGUUGUAGAUCACGCAUAUAAAUUAUUAGAGAUUAUGGUAGGUCAUAUAUUAUAAUAUUAACAAUUUAUAAGUUUGUGAUGAAGGCAUUUAUUGGCCAAGUUAUUCGAAAUUAUAGGAAAUGUAAUUUUUUAUAAUCAUUAGUUAAGUGCCACGCCUAAGUAAGCUAUUAUUAAUAGUAAACUUAAUUAAGCUUAUUUAAUACUGUUAUUAUUAUAAGAACGAAAUGAAAUACAAAUUUUGAGUUAAAA